AUGACCCACAUGUUGCUGAGCCAGCGGCCCACACAUCGCAGCUCCCACGACCCGUCUUACCAAGCAUCGAAGAUCAAGACCAAGACCAAGACCAAGACCAAGACCAAGACCAAGACCAAGACCAAGACCAAGAUCAAGAUCAAUACCAAGACCAAGACCAAGACCAAGACCAAGACCAAGAUCAAGACCGAGAUCAAGACCAAAGAAACAGAGGGCAGCAGCGGCUUGUUCACCGAAUUGUCUCCCGAGCAGAGACAGCAAUUAACCGACCACAUCAGCCGAGAAGUGGCCCGUUUGGUCGCCCAAGUACGAGUGACCGAGCCAAGAGACAGCCAAUAUGGUGAAGAUGAAGUCAGCACACCAGGCCAACGGGAAGGAACAGCCUUUGACGACCGCGAAGAAUUCCGGCCGUCAGGAUAUGCGGCCCUUUUAGCCUUCCGGAGAUAUGAGUCGAUGGAUGGCACCAACCCAAACUAUAGAGAGGGACGGAAACGUCGGGAGAGAAACCCACCAUGUUCUCCGGCGAAGGACUCCUCGUUUGAAAGCUGGAUUAAGCAAGUAGAGGGCAAGUUCGAGGAGGACAACGAUACUUUCGCCUCUGAGAAGACGCGGAUCAACUUCGUGAUUACGCGUCUCGAGGGCACCGCGUAUAAGACCGUAGAAGGACGCCACCACUCGCUGACUCGGCCUUUCACAACAUUGGCCGAACUAAUCCAGGUCCUCCAGACAGCGCACACAAACCCAAACAAAGGCGCCGACGCCCGCGCCCAGCUGCGUGUCUGCAAAUACGAUUGGAAGAAGGACUUCAAUAUUUUCUUGGGGGAAUUCAACUCCAUGUACGAGGCGGCGGGGUACCAACCUUCAAUGCAGAAACAGACCCUGUGGGACUCUCUUCCUGCUCCGGUCAACCAAGCGGUGGUCGAGAGGGUCUACGAUACGAAAGUGCGCUACGAGGACUUCUGCAACCACGAAGACCGUGGAGAGCAGGCGGCCCCAGUCAGCGCAGCGACAACCAACACCGCCACGGGCAAGGGCAAGGUUUGCGACCCAGACUCGAGCAGUUCGGAGUCGGAAAACGAGUAG